UCUAGCAACAAUCUAAUCAUAUUAGAAAAAAACUUUCCUUUUUUUGUAAUCGAAUUCCUUUUCUUUCUUUGAUAAUAUUUGGAAAAAAAUAGUACGUAUGUUGCUUGGGAAUCGACGACAGCCACACAUGCAGAGAACACGAAGCAUAACGAGGAUCACCAUCGAGAUUGAUGAUACUCACACCGCCGGUCAAGAUUCUGACGUGGCUAUGGCGGUGGUAGACGGCGGAUAUAACUACGACCACCGGUUCUUGGCGAUGUUUUCGCCGAGAAAUCACAGAAGGAACGAGAGAAAAGACGGUGGGAAAUCAUCGUUGCCGUCGUCGUCUUUUCUUGGAAGCUGUGGAUUUUGCAAACGCCGUUUAACUCCCGGUCAUGAUAUCUACAUGUACAAAGGAGAUGCAGCGUUUUGUAGCGUUGAAUGCAGAGAACAACAAAUGGAGCACGACGAAGGCAAAGCCAGAAACAGCGACGUACUAUCACCAUCAAAUUAAGUAGUUCUUAUUCUUAAAGUUUUAAGCUUGUGUGUAACUUGAGAUUGUCGCCCUUAAUUGUUAAUUAGCACCGUUAUGUAAAAAGUUUGUUCUAAAAAAUUUGGAAUGAAAACAUAU